UUUAGAGUGAAAAUGACUAACAAAAUUAAACAAAUUAGAGAGACAUUAGAUGAAAUUAAAGCCAAUCAGGUAUUUUCUCAAUUAGAUAAGUGCGAACAUGGAGAGACAAGGACUGUCUCCUCUACAAUGAGUUGGAGGGAGACUCACUCAUUAGUAAUUGAUGAUGAAGUUAUUGGGAGAGAGAAUGAUAAAAAAGAGAUACUAGAUUUUUUAUUAGACAACAACAUUGAGACUAAAGAAAGUGUAUCCAUCGUUUCCUUAGUAGGCUUUGGAGGAUUAGGAAAAACCACACUAGCUCAGUUUGUGUUCAAUGAUGAGUUAGUCAAAAACCGUUUUGAGAAACAAAUGUACUGGGUGUGUGUUUCUGAUUCUUUUGAUUUGAGAUCACUGUUAGAAAAAAUUCUUAGAUCUGCAACUGAAAAACGCCCAAAUCUAGAAACCCUUAAUUUAGAGCAAUUGCAAACUGAGGUUAGGAAAGAAAUAGAAGGUAAGAGAUACCUUCUAGUAUUAGAUGAUGUCUGGAAUGAGAAUAGUGAUCUAUGGGAAAAGUUAGAAACAUUCUUAAAGCUAGGUGCACAGGGCAGCAAAGUUUUAAUAACUACUAGGAGCAUAAGAGUUGCAGAAAUUGUUCAUUCGACUAAAACAUACAUGUUAAGUGGUUUGGACAAAGACAAGUCUCGGGCGUUAUUUGAGAGAGUAGCAUUUAGGGGAAUAAAUAAGAGUAAUUCUCAGUACCACGGCCUUGUAGAAGUGGGAAGGGAUAUUGUGGAUAAGUGUAAAGGAGUUCCUCUUGCGAUAAAGACAAUAGGGAGACUUUUGGAAUCAAAGAUACAUUCCUCGCAAAAUGCUGAAAAAGAGUGGGUUCGUUUUAGGGACAAUGAACUUGCAAAAGUAGCUUUUCAAAAUGAUAGUGAUAUUGUGCCUACACUUAAGCUGAGUUACAAUAGUCUCCCAUCACACUUGAAGCAUUGUUUUGCUUACUGUAGCUUAUUUCCAAAGGAUUAUAGGAUCAACGUACAAGAACUAAUAGAAAUUUGGAUAGCCCAGGGAUUUAUUAUAUCUGAUAGUACUAGGCAACUAGAAGAUAUUGGUUAUGAGUAUUUCAUGAUUUUAUUUUGGGGUUGCUUUUUCCAAGAAGCUGAAACAGGUGAGUUGUCGCCAACAACCAUAAAGUAUUGUAAAAUGCACGAUCUCAUGCAUGAUCUUGCAAGUCUAGUGGCUGGUAAGAGCAUACAAAUAUUUGAUGUCAAUACUAGUAAUAUGGAGUUAGUAGAAAAUGCUUUUGAAAAAGUUUGUCAUAUAUCUCUAGGUUUUGCAGAUAAUAAUAGUUCAUGCCAAAUUCCAAAACUGUUGUUUGAACAAAAAAAAAUGCGCACAUUUAUUUUACGCGAUGCAGAAAGUUUGAGUUCAUCAUGUCGUGAUGAUGUUGUGUCAAACUUUACGCUCCUACGGGCAUUGAGUCUCCAUGGUAUAAAGACUUUGCCAAAGAGCUUCGGUAAACUAGAUCAUCUUAGGUUUCUUGAUCUUUCAUUCAGUAGAAUUGUGGAGCUUCCAAGUUCCAUAACAGAGCUGUAUUAUUUGCAAACACUAAUACUCUGUCAAUGUAAAAGUCUUGUAAGUUUGCCUGCAAAUUUACAAAAUCUUAUCAAUUUGAGGCGUCUUGAGAUUUUUGGUUGUGAAAAGUUGACUCAUAUGCCUCGUGGAAUUGGUGAAUUGUCGUCACUUCAAUCAUUAGAUACAUUUAUAGUGGCAAACAACAAAUCAAGUGAAAGUGCUGCUGGAUUUGAUGAACUGAGCAAGCUUAACAACUUGCAUGGAGGUUUAACCAUUGAGAUACGGGGACUUGGUGAAUCAAAGGCUGCUAAAUGCUUAACGGACAAGGAACAUCUUGAGUCCUUAAAGCUGGAUUGGGUAGUAAAAGAAUCGAUGGGGAAUGCUGAAGAAACAUUUGGUCGCUUAGAGCCACCUCAAAAUAUAAAAGCCAUAAAAGUGCAUGGCUAUCCGGGUGAGACAUUUCCAGUUAAUUGGUUUUCUUCGCUCACUGAUCUUGUUCGAUUGGAACUAUUUAAUUGUCGAAACUGCAAAUAUCUUCCACCACUACACCAUUUAUCCUCCCUUAAGGAACUUAGAUUAGAUGCUUUGUCAGCUCUAGAGUACGUUUCAGAAAAGGACAAUCAUGAUUGGAGCAGAGGUGACCAACCCGAGCCCUUAUUCCCAUCCUUGGUGAAACUCAAUCUCCUUAGAUGUGGUAAUCUGCAGGGAUGGUGGAGGGGAGAAACAGAGGAUUUUUGUGAAGCACUAACACCACACCAACAACUUUCUUUUCCUAAGCUUUCAAUAGUAGAAAUAAGCUAUUGCCCUCUUCUAAAUUCCAUGCCCCCGUUUCCGAAUCUUGAAAAGCUGAGUCUAUAUGAGACAAGCUCUAAGCCUCUGGAAAGGAUUAGUAGGAUGAAAUUGAAAGUAUAUGAUAGUGUUGAAGAAACAUUUUCAGCAUCUUCCUCCUCCAUCCCUUCCUCUUCCCCUUCCGCUCUCUCUAAAUUGAAGCAUUUAUCUAUUAACUAUGUUAACGAUUUGGAAUCUCUACUGUCAGAGGCGCAAAUACACAACCUCGCAUUGCUACAGUAUCUUGAAAUUGAAUCAUGUUCAAAGUUAACCCUAAUUCCCAAUGGGAUUGGCAGCCUCUCCUCGCUUACAAGUUUUGAAAUUAGCAGAUGUAGCAAUUUGACCUCAAUUCCUAAUGAGAUGGCCAGCCUCUCCUCGCUUAUACAUCUUGAAAUUAGUGGAUGUAGCGAUUUGACCUCAAUUCCUAAUGAGAUGGCCAGCCUCUCCUCGCUUAUACAUCUUGAAAUUAGUGGAUGUAGCGAUUUGACCUCAAUUCCUAAUGAGAUGGCCAGCCUCUCCUCGCUUAGAGAUCUUACAAUUGAAGGAUGUAGCAAUUUGAAAUCAAUUCCUAAUGAGAUAGGCAGCCUCUCCUCGCUUACACAUCUUGAAAUUAGUGGAUGUAGCAAUUUGACCUCAAUUCCUAAUGAGAUAGGCAGCCUCUCCUCGCUUACAAGUCUUGUAAUUGGAGGAUGUAGCAAUUUGACCUCAAUUCCUAAAGAGAUAGGCAGCCUCUCAUCGCUUAGAGAUCUUAUAAUUAGCGGAUGUAGGAAUUUGACCUCAAUUCCUAAAGAGAUAGGCAGCCUCUCAUCGCUUAGAGAUCUUAUAAUUAGCGGAUGUAGCAAUUUGACCUCAAUUCCUAAAGAGAUAGGCAGCCUCUCAUCGCUUAGAGAUCUUAUAAUUAGCGGAUGUAGCAAUUUGACCUCAAUUCCUAAAGAGAUAGGCAGCCUCUCCUCGCUUAGAGAUCUUACAAUUGAAGGAUGUAGCAAUUUGACCUCAAUUCCUAAUGAGAUAGGCAGCCUCUCCUCGCUUACACAUCUUGGCAUUUAUGGAUGUAGCAAUUUGCCCUCAAUUCCUAAUGAGAUAGGCAGCCUCUCCUCGCUUACACAUCUUGGCAUUUAUGGAUGUAGCAAUUUGCCCUCAAUUCCUAAUGAGAUAGGCAGCCUCUCCUCGCUUACACAUCUUGGCAUUUAUGGAUGUAGCAAUUUGCCCUCAAUUCCUAAUGAGAUAGGCAGCCUCUCCUCGCUUACACAUCUUGGCAUUUAUGGAUGUAGCAAUUUGCCCUCAAUUCCUAAUGAGAUAGGCAGCCUCUCCUCGCUUACACAUCUUGGCAUUUAUGGAUGUAGCAAUUUGCCCUCAAUUCCUAAUGAGAUAGGCAGCCUCUCCUCGCUUACACAUCUUGGCAUUUAUGGAUGUAGCAAUUUGCCCUCAAUUCCUAAUGAGAUAGGCAGCCUCUCCUCGCUUACACAUCUUGGCAUUUAUGGAUGUAGCAAUUUGCCCUCAAUUCCUAAUGAGAUAGGCAGCCUCUCCUCGCUUACACAUCUUGGCAUUUAUGGAUGUAGCAAUUUGCCCUCAAUUCCUAAUGAGAUAGGCAGCCUCUCCUCGCUUACACAUCUUGGCAUUUAUGGAUGUAGCAAUUUGCCCUCAAUUCCUAAUGAGAUAGGCAGCCUCUCCUCGCUUACACAUCUUGGCAUUUAUGGAUGUAGCAAUUUGCCCUCAAUUCCUAAUGAGAUAGGCAGCCUCUCCUCGCUUACACAUCUUGGCAUUUAUGGAUGUAGCAAUUUGCCCUCAAUUCCUAAUGAGAUAGGCAGCCUCUCCUCGCUUACACAUCUUGGCAUUUAUGGAUGUAGCAAUUUGCCCUCAAUUCCUAAUGAGAUAGGCAGCCUCUCCUCGCUUACACAUCUUGGCAUUUAUGGAUGUAGCAAUUUGCCCUCAAUUCCUAAUGAGAUAGGCAGCCUCUCCUCGCUUACACGUCUUGACAUUUAUGGAUGUAGCAAGUUGACCUCAAUUCCUAAUGAGAUAGGCAGCCUCUCCUCGCUUAUACAUCUUGGCAUUUAUGGAUGUAGCAAUUUGACCUCAAUUCCUAAUGAGAUAGGCAGCCUCUCCUCGCUUAGAAGUCUUGAAAUUAGUAGAUGUCGCAAUUUGACCUCAAUUCCUAAUGAGAUAGGCAGGCUCUCCUCGCUUACAAGUCUUAAAAUUAGUGGAUGUAGCAAUUUGACCUCAAUUCCUAAUGAGAUAGGCAGCCUCUCCUCGCUUAUACAUCUUGGCAUUUAUGGAUGUAGCAAUUUGCCCUCAAUUCCUAAUGAGAUAGGCAGCCUCUCCUCGCUUAUACAUCUUGGCAUUUAUGGAUGUAGCAAUUUGCCCUCAAUUCCUAAUGAGAUAGGCAGCCUCUCCUCGCUUAUACAUCUUGGCAUUUAUGGAUCAAUUUGCCCUCAAUUCCUAAUGAGAUAG